UAGUCGCUCACAGGUGUCGAACGACGCCGCUGGCUAUUUUUAUAAGGCUCCGUUAUUAGUUUAAUUUAUUUUCGUCUAAUAGCAAUAUUGUUAAACAAAUUACGCUUGUGUUUAACAUUAGAAGCGCGUUUAAUUCUUUUUUGCAUAUUUAUAAUUGUAUGUUGUUAUACAACACUAAACAAGCAAAUGCGAACGCCGGCAGCAUAGAAAGUGGCAACAAAAUAAUUACCGCUCAUUGCUAAAACGCACACGUGUGUCACACGCGACCAUACGGAGUGAAGUUUUCUUGUGAACAACAAAUACAGUGCAUAAGCAAAAGUUAUCUAUAAAAAUGCCAACCGUUAAUCACGCCGAGGCGCAAAGCUUGAACCCGGCAUAUAAGGUUGAAAUAGCGCCACAACAGACGGACACAAAUCAGAAACAGCCAUGGAGCAAACUUGUAUUAUUGGUUGCCUUUGCCACGACUUUGGGAGCUGCAGUCCCCACCGGUUAUUGCAUAGGUGUUAUCAAUUCCCCCGCAGACCUUAUGAAAGUUUGGUGCAAUCAAACAAUACAUGAGAAAUAUGGCAGCACUUUGACCUCGAGCGGAUUACAAAUUCUUUGGUCAUCCAUUGUUUCCAUUUUCCUGGUUGGCGGCGCCAUUGGCUCCUUGGGCGGCGCUGGAUUGGCUAAUAAAUUUGGCAGGAAAACAUGUAUGUUCAUCUGCGCUGUCUUGUUCACCAUUGGAGCCGUGCUUUUCUUCUUUUGCCGAGCCGCCAAAUCUGUGGAAAUGCUCAUCUUGGGUCGCUUGAUUGUGGGCCUCUCCUCGGGUCUCGUCACAGCCACAUUACCCAUGUAUCUGGCGGAAAUAGCACCACCAGCACGACGUGGCACAUUGGGCGUCUUUUGUGGUGUCGGCGUCACCGGAGGCGUUGUUGUUGCCCAGGUGUGCAGUCUCUCCCAUGUCUUUGGCACAGAUGAGCUCUGGCAUUAUGCAUUAUCUGCCUACAUGGUGCUCAUAAUUGUCUGCUAUCUGCCCUCGUAUGCGUUCCCGGAGAGUCCCAAGUUUCUGUACGUUAUGAAGAGCAAUCCUUCGGCGGCACGAGCUUCAUUGUUGCGACUGCGUGGCAAGAGCGCGGGAAAGUUUAUCGAACAGGAGAUUGCUGAAAUGGAAGCGGAGGCAAAUGAUAAUAGUCAAAACAGCGGCUUUUGUGAUGUCCUCCGAGAUCCUCGUCUCCUGAUGCCAUUGAUCAUUGUGUGCAGUUUCCAAGGUGGACAGCAACUGUCAGGCAUUAAUGCGAUCUUCUAUUAUUCGGUGUCCAUAUUCAAAAAUGCUGGUUUCAGCGAGGCCAAUGCACAGUGGGCCAAUUUGGGUGCUGGCUGCCUAAAUUUGAGCAUCUCAUUGUUGGGUCCCCUCCUGAUGGCCACCUGUCGACGUCGCACUUUGAUGAUGUUAUCCAGCUCGCUUUGUGCCUUCUUCCUGUUUUGCAUUGCAUUUGUUUUGUAUUAUAUUGGGUCUGUUAGCUGGUUUGCUUGGGCUUGUAUUGUCUGCAUUAUGGGCUACAUAUUCUUCUACCAGUUUGGUCUCGGACCCAUUCCCUACUUUAUUGGAUCAGAAUUGUUUGAGGUGGCGCCACGCUCAGUGGCCAUGUCGAUGGGCAGUAUGUCAUCCUGGACAUGCAAUUUCAUAAUUGGCAUGGCUUUCCCUAGUCUGGAGAGCGCGUGGGGGGCCUUUGUCUUUAUACCCUUCUCAAUUACCUGCGUACUGCUCUUCCUGUUAACGAAAUUCUAUCUGCCGGAAACGUUUGGCCGGGAUCCAUCCGAUGUGGCACCUCUUGUCUCGAAAGGUUUUCGCUCCAAAGUCAAAUGAAGUGCAGAAUUCAACAGGGUAUACAGGUAGUUAGGUAGCUAAUAAAUAAGCUCAUUGGUUAUAUUACAAAUAUUUUAUAAAGUUUGGUAAUAAGCGCUUGCAAUAUGACAAUAAGAGUACAAUUCUCAACCAGAUCAUUAUGUAAUGUAAAUGCCUUUGCUGAUGUGUAAUUAUAACUAAGAUAACAACGCAUAAGUGCACCCUGUAUAAGGUGCAGAGUAUGUAUAAGAUAUAAGAAUUCUUAUCGCUGCACAAGUUCAAGUUAAUUGCCUUGAGAAAGACUGUGGUAACUUUACUAAUUAAAUUUUAUUGUGCUUAGGCGAGUUUACUAAAAGUUAGUGAUGUUUUUACUUAGCGAAAGGUUAGCCUAAUGUCUGUCUUAAAUACUCUAUACUAAUACGAAUUCAAUCUUUAAUCAUAAUUGAGUGUACUUAUAAUGUAUAAUAAACAAGACAACAAAUCAAACAA